AUGGGAAAAAAUUUAAAAGAAUUGUCUGGUGAAGGUAAAUUUAUCCCAACCAACCAAUAUGAUAUUAAAAAAAUUAAAAGAAAAUUGGAGUUAUAUGAAAUUACCCUUAGAAAUAAAUGUUUUCCAUUAAAACCUGAAUGGUUAAUUUCUUUUAUAUUUUUUAAUAUUAUUCUUAACUAUUUUGGGAUGGCUCCAUUUAACAAUUUUAUAAAUAAUUUGUCAACAAAAAUAGGUGAUAUAUUAAAUAUUGAAUGGCCAAUAAGAUUAGGAAUAAUUUUAACAAUAGGUUUUAUUUUAAGUACAAUAUUUGUUUUAUUUUCAAGAAUUUUAUUUUCAAUAUUACUUUAUUAUCAUGGAUGGAUGUAUGAAGAAAUUGGUAAAAAACCUUCAAUACAAACAAAAAUCUUUUUUGUUAUUAUACAAUUUGUCUAUUCAUAUGCAACAUUUUUAUCAUAUGAAAAAUGUAUGCCAAGAAUGCCAAUACCAAAAGUUAAAAAUACUAUUAAACAAUAUCUUAAAACAGUUAGACCAAUUAUGGAUGAUAAUGAGUAUAAUGAUAUUGUUAAUUUAGCUGAUGAUUUUGAAAAAAAUGUUGCUCCUGGUUUACAAAUUAAAUUAUGGCUUAAAUGGUUAUCAUCACCUAAUUAUAUAUCUGAUUGGUGGAAAGAAAUUGUUUAUAUGAGAUAUAGAGGUUCUCUUAUCAAAACAAAUGUUGCCAGUGGUGAUGUUAUAUAUCAAAAAACAACAAAUAUUCAGGCUGCCAGGGCUGCUAAUGUUACAUUAAUAAGAUUACAAUUUGGUAAAGAUACUAUACAAAAACAAAGUAUGUUACCAAUGACAUUAGGUGGAGUACCAUUAUGUCCUGUACAAUAUAAAGAUCAACAUCGUUCAAUAAGAUUACCUGGUGAGGAAUCUGAUGUUAUGCAUAGAUUAAUUGAUACAAAAUUUAUUGCUGUUUAUUAUAAAGGUGUAUGGUAUAAAAUUAAUAUAUUUUAUGGUAAUAGACUUCUUAGACCAGCUGAAUUAGAAAAAGCUAUACAAAAAAUUAUUGAUAAUCCAAAAAAAUCUAAUCCAUUUGAAGAUAAAAUAUCUUCAUUAACAGCUGGUGAAAGAGAUUUAUGGGCAAAGAUUAGAAAAGAAAAAUUUAAUAAAGGUAUUAAUAAAGAAAGUUUAUUUAUUAUUGAAAAUGCUCUUGAAAUUAUAUUUUUGGAUGAUCAAGAUUGGGAAUAUGAUCCAUUAAAACCUGAAACAUAUUCUAAAGAAUGUGCAAAAGCAUUAACUGGUGAUGGUGUAAUGUUAUGGUGUGAUCGUGUUAGUGUACAAUAUUAUUCUAAAAAUGGUCGUCAAGCCGGAAAUGCAGAACAUUCUGUUGUUGAUGCUAUGAUAUAUGUUCAUAUUAGAGAAUAUAUUAAAUAUCAUGAAGAAUUUAUCUCAACAUAUACAGAGGAUGGGCAUUGUAAAGGUGAAAUUGAAUUUGUACCUAAUGUUGAACAUUUAAAAUGGGAACUUGAUGAUGAAUUAAUUAAUGCUAUUAAGACAAGUUAUACAUUUGCAAAAAAUGUUGCUGAUGAUUUUAUUAAUUCAUAUGUUAUAUUUAAUAAUUAUGGUAAAAAUUUUGUUAAAAAAGCUAAUGUUUCACCGGAUGCUUUUAUACAAAUGGCAUUGCAAAUGGCAUAUUAUAAGGAUCAAGGAAAAUUUGAAUUAACUUAUGAACCAGCUGUAAUGAGAUUAUUUAAAGAGGGAAGAACUGAAACAAUAAGAUCAUGUUCAAUAGAAUCAUGUAAUUUUGUAAGAAGCAUGUUAGAUAAAAAUAUUGAUGAUAAAGAAAAAUUUUCAUUAUUAAAGAUAUCUUGUGAUGGACAUCAAAAAUAUUUUAGAGAUGCUAUGACUGGUAAAGGAGUUGAUCGUCAUUUAUUUGGAAUGUAUGUUGUAUCAAAGUAUUACAAUAUUCAACAUAAAUUUCUUGAUAAAGUAUUUAGUAUGAAUUAUGCUUUAAGUACCAGUCAAACACCACAACAUCAAAUGGCUGAAUAUUCAAAAAAAUUAAAUGCUGAUCCUAAACUUUUUUGGCCUGCUGGUGGUUUUUGUUGUCCUGAUGGAAGUAAUUAUGGUGUAUGUUAUACAGUUGGAGCUUCUGGUGAUUGUUUCUCAUUCCAUGUUACUGGAUGGAGGUCGCAGAAACACACUGAUGUUCAUAGAUUUAUGAAAUAUAUUAUUGAAAGUAUGGGAGAAUUAAAAACAAUGGUAGAAAAUGCUAUUAAAAAUUAA